AUGUCGUUCGACCAACCGAUUGGCGCUCCAUUUACAUUGGCGUCCUUGUCCAAACCGAUCAGCUCUACCGAUGGACAUGUUCACGCUGCUGGCGUAUGCAGCCUUAGCGGCAUAAAGAAGAGAAAGCGCACUGAGAUCGCUGUCGGUGUCGAUGGAGAGGGCGUCUCUAUAUACAGCCUCCAAAACCCUCAACUUAUAACUUCGUAUGCGCUACCGCCAAGCGCAACCUUCGCAUCCGCCCCGUUCUCCAUCUAUCGCAAAGGCGCGUCCAAGACUUUGACUCAACGCUUCACCUAUGCUUCCCUGGCUGGGUCGUCCCCAGCUGAGAAGCCGUCACUGGUGUGCUUUCACGACAAGUCGUCCGGCGACCAUACCGAGACCAACAAAACUUCGUAUACGCCCUCUGACACUGCGCGCAUCACUACACUAGACUCACUUCCUGUUGCGCCUGGUGGUUCAGCCAACGAUACGACGCAUGACAUACUGGCGACUUUCGAUAACGGAGAUGUCAUGUCUCUGUCGGCAGAUCUCCAGGUUGUUAGAUGGGUCGCAAACUUGAAGACACUUCUACCGUCUAGGGAAGCCGACACCGACAUUGAGCAUGUUACGUUGGCUAGUGCCAGGUCCGUCAUACGAGGGCUCCUGCGAAGCCGGCAAGACAUUGCUACAAUUCUGGAUCCUACACCGGACGAGACCUCAGAUCUUCUAGACCUUAUUCAGGUUAUCUGCGUUGUGGACCGCAAACCAGAUGGAAACAGGGCAUUGACACUUGUUCAAGUACAGCCAAGGUCUGCCGACCUCACUACGAGCCAACUCACGCCACUAAAGCACCUACUUUCGUUGGACCUGCCGCAGCCAAAGACUUCGACCGCACGAGCUUCUACUUCGCAGAUUGCUCUAUACCCUUCCAGCGGUGCCAUUCACAUACUUGCAAGUGGAAACCUGUUAUCUUACGACUUGUCCGGAACUGUACCUAAACUCUACUCAGAGUUCCUCCUUCCUGGGUUGACUGUCGACUCUUUCCUCCGAACUUCGCAAGACGUCAUUUUUACUACGUCGCAAAACACAUGCCGCGUCUUCGACGUCAAGUACAACUCCUUGCAAGCUUUGCAUUCCAUGAGCCCUAGCCCGUCCACUUUGGAGUCUACUAGCCCGUCGAAGAAGAGGAAGCAUACGCAGCCGGAGGGUGAUCAACAAACAGCGUCUUGUUGCAGCCUGGUGGCUUACUACGCCGAUAUUGGACUGGUUGUAGCUGCACGAGAGGACGAGAUAUUUGGUAUGCAGUUCGGAGGUGCAGGAUCGCGCAAAAGGACCAAAACCGAGGGUACUCUCCUUAUCGAUGCUCUUGGAAAAGGAAUCGCACUCGAGACAACACCCAGCACAGGCGAUAACCAGAAAUGGCAGGAGCGAAAAUGGAAGCUGAACAAGUAUGCUGCCAAGGGCAAGAUUGCAAAGUUCGAGCGACUCUUCGCAUCAGACCUGGGUAUUGAAAUCGAGUCUGCUGAUGUAGCGCAAAAACAUGACAACGAGAUUAACGGCGGACCUUUAACGAACGGAGGAGGGCCAAGCCUUCCUGAUGAAGAUGCCAUGGUUGUCGACAAGCUUGAUGAUGAGCCUUCUAAGGACGACUUACCUCAAUGGAAAAUGCCCAAAACCAUUCCUGGCCACCAACGACAGCAAUACCGUCAGUAUGCGCUGUAUGCGUUGAGUAAGAUAUUUUACUGGACAGAUGCAACAGAGGAGCAACCACACGGACAAUUGAGGGUCGGCUUCUUUCCGCCAAACGUUUUCCAAUGGCUUCUACAGACUGGGCAUCUUACGAAAGAGUCCAUUCGCCGAUCAAUCUUUGAAGGAGCAAACGAACAAAUGCAGUCCACAUCGGCUAUCGUGGACGGCGACAUCGUCAAGGCUUUGGUCGAAUACGAUCCCGAUCUGCACAUUCUUUCGGCAGUCCUCAAUCACACUCAGUUCCUCCCAGUGGGCGAGGUCGUUCAGGCUAUCAAGCUUCUUAUCCAGAGUAUAGAUGAUGAGCCAAAGGAUAAUGAAGCAACGAAGCUUUUGACAAACGGCGCCGAUCCAUCAGAAGAUGAGAUGGACCUCGACUUUGCUUCUGAGCUCGAAGCAGCCUCGCACGAAAUCGAUCAUGCCUUGUCAGUGCUUGAUCAUGGCCUGUUGACGCGAAGCCAUACACUGCGCCCUGCUUUGAUCCGACUCCAUACCUUCUCAGCCCCAAUAGUCAGUGCAACUCUCCGCUCGACAUUGCCACGCCGAGACCUCGAUUCGCUUAUUCGCCUCCUACACUUGGAGCUGAAGAACGGCGGAUGGUCUUCGCCACUUGGCUUCGUAGAUACAGAGUCACCCGCUAUUGAGAGUUCAGGUGAGGACCCGGACGACCAUGCAGUCACUAUCAUUGCGUCCCUUCUCUCGACCACACUCGACGCUAUCGGCGCGGGAGCUUGGUUGGCCUCUGUUAGCACCAUCUCUGCGUCCGAGACUGGUGAAGACAUGCUCAAAUCACUGAACAGGGAUGCAUCCAUAGCACUGAGUGGUUUCUUCGAAGCUCAUUUCAUACGUGGUCUACUCUCAGAAUUUCUGCGCUAUGCUUCCACUGUGCCAACAUCAAAGAAGCCUUCUAAUAAGGCUUUAGAGGUACAAGGUAAGCCAUUUGGUGUUGCAGGCAAGCUUGACGGCGAGGAGGAUCUGCCUAUGUUGCCUCUUGGUGCCAAAGCAGAUCAAGGUGUGGAGAAGAUGAAGAAUGGCAAGGGAGGAAAGAAGGAGCAGCGGAGUAAGAGAGAGAUGGGUAUGCUGAUCAGCAAACGGGUGCCGAAGUACAGCUUCGAGCGCAUUGUUGUAUAG